UGGAGCUGCUUAGAGUCUUAACUGAGAUUAGUGCAGUGCAAGAGGAUACGUGACCCUAGUGAAUAUGCAUUAACAAGAAAUCGAUAUCGGAGUGUCUACAUCAGAACAUGAAGGGAUCAGUUAAGACUUAACUAUAAACCAAACUUUCAAGAAUCUGCAAAAUUCGCGUAAUAUGUAAUGAGGAUCAUAUCCUAAGUCGGCAAGUCGGCCAUCUUGAAUCUUCGUUCUAUUCUGAUAGUGUAAAGGCAGUUUAUAUGAUUUGAUCAAUCACGUGUCGGUUUUUAGUAACUUCAAGAGUUAGUUGGCCCAAUUAUUUCGUCGAAGUCCAUUCAAAAGUUGGUCAGGAAUAACCAAAACUAGCCGGGAUUGAAGUACCCAAUUGAGGAAAAAAGUGUUACGUGUCGUUUCCGACAAUGUGUUAGUGUUGUGCAUAGUAUCUAUAAAAGAAUUCAAGAGAUAUAUUUAUAACUGCAACACUACCGCUUGCUCCAUCCCUUUCCCACUCAUAUCGGAUCUCUUCCAGUCGCCGUUCUAUUUCAGGUGUGUUCAAUUUAGAAGUGUGUACGUGAGUUAGUACUGUGUGCGUUACCUGUCUCAUUGGAUACUUAGGUGGCUCAUUAAAAAGAUUUUUGCAAAUAUCUUUCAAUAUACGUAGUAAACUAAAAGUGAUAAGUGUGACACGGCUACUGCAACCUAUGCCUACAAAUAUCCGCAACCCAACGUAUCUGAGUAACAAAAAACAUAAACCGCAUACCAGAUACGUGCGUUAGAUAUCUUAUUGCAUUGAGCCAACACGGAUUUACUCGUACGAGAAAACUAAGAAGCCUAGAAUUGCAUCUAUUUGGAAUUCUAUUUCCAUCGCGCAUAGCGGGCACUCCCAGUUUCGUUGUGCUUUUUCGAUUUUCUUAAGCGCUGGCGCUGUCUUGUGCAAAAUAGGUGAAAUAAAAAUUAGUGGAACCUUCGAACCGGACUCCGAGAACCUGUGCCUGUGUCCAGCGAAAGAAGCGGCCGCCGUAAAAACCAACAGAACCAACAAAAUAAAAAGAAGAAACACAGCAAAACGAGCAAAACGGCGAAACCUACACGCUUAUUGUAAAUAACGGAUAUAUUUGUUGCACAUUACACAUCUUCAGAAAUGUUUUGCAAGUGACAGAAAUAAAAGAACACAUGUUGACAUAAACGGAUCUUACAAAUCGUUCUAACGAUAUCUAAACAAAAUACUGCUGGAAAAUGGAUUGGACUGAAGGUGACCUGGUCUGGUUUGAUCCAGGCCUUGGCCACCCAAUACCUGGUGAAAUACAAGAAGUUCAUCGUGCUGCACAGGUUAUAAUUGUUCAGGCGCUCAUAAAGGGAAAAAUGCGAAUAGUGCGCUCUCACGUGGAACCAUGGCUAAAGAAUGGUUCGUCUAAUCCGAGCCCCACGUUGUCUCAAUCCGCGGUUAUUCUUUCACCGACAAUAUGUAGACGACAAAGACCCGCUGACGGUUCGAAGGAUGAAACCGAUACUGGAAUCCAUCUGGAGAACGCUCAGCUAAAACGUAUGCGAGAAAGGAUGCGCCGUCGAUCCAGAUAUCCUCAGGUGGUGAAGAAAUUGUCGAUGAUGUGCAGUGAUGCAAUAGCAAGAAAUCCUCAAACUUUCACACUAGCGCCUGGCGAAGGAAACCUCCGACCACGUCAAGAUUUGGGUAGCAAUGGAGUCGAUGAUAUGACCCAACUGGAAGAUCUGCACGAAGCAUCUUUACUAUGGAAUCUUCGAAUUCGCUACGACAAAGGGCUCAUCUACACAUUCGCGGGAAGCAUUCUGAUUGCUGUCAACCCCUAUCAAAUGUUCCCGGACUCAUAUGGAUUGGAAGUUGCCAAACAGUAUGCAGGAAAACCUUUGGGCGCACUGCCGCCCCAUCUUUUUGCCAUCGGAGCAGCUGCACAUGCAGCUCUCCCUUCGCCACAAGUUGUCAUUAUAUCCGGUGAAUCUGGAUCUGGAAAGACUGAAUCUACUAAACUAGUUAUGCAAUAUCUGGCUGCUGUAGUUCCAGGCGGUGGAUCAGCUUCAACAGUUAUAACUGAACAGAUUUUGGAGGCAUCGCCACUACUCGAAGCUUUCGGUAAUGCUCGAACAGCGAGGAAUAAUAAUAGUUCCCGAUUUGGAAAAUACCUGGAAGUGUAUUUUAAAUCAGGAGCCAUUGUCGGAGCGAGGAUCACUCAAUAUCUGCUUGAGAAGUCAAGGAUUGUAACUCAAGCUCCGGGUGAGAGAAACUACCAUGUUUUCUAUGAAUUACUUGGAGGACUAAGCGAAACAGAACGUGCCAAAUAUGGACUACUAGAAGCUGACAAAUAUUUCUACCUGAACCAAGGCGGAUCGGACUGUGCACCAGGCAGGGUUAGCUGGGAUGCACUACAGAGUGCUAUGCAAGUCUUAGGCGUAUCUGAUGGAGAACGAGAAGGAAUAAUUCGGGUGCUAGCUUCAGUUUUACACUUGGGCAAUGUGUAUUUCCAUCGUCGGCAACUGAGGCAUGGGCAAGAAGGCGUUGAAAUUGGAUCAGACGCUGAGAUCAAGUGGGCUGGGCACUUGUUGCAUAUAUCUGCAGAAGGUUUGCACCGGUCCUUGACAACACGAGUUACGGAAGCAAGGUCCGAGAGACUCCACACCCCUCUCGGAAUCGACCAAGCCUUGGACGCUCGAGAUGCCUUCGCGAAGGUUCUCUAUGCAGGGCUAUUCAACUGGCUGGUAUCACGCAUCAAUUCGAUUGUCCAUAAAGGUGGAACUCACGAUGCACACCGCAUUUCUAUACUGGACAUCUUUGGUUUUGAGGAUUUGGCAGAGAACUCUUUCGAGCAGCUUUGUAUUAACUACGCUAACGAAAAUCUCCAACUGUAUUUUAAUAAGCAUGUGUUCAAACUCGAGCAGGCAGAGUACGCCCGAGAAAGGCUUGAAUGGACACCACUAACAUGGGAAGAUAAUCUUCCAGUAAUUCAUCUAUUAGCAAAGAAACCAGUUGGAAUAUUCCAUCUCCUAGACGAUGAGUCCAACUUUCCAAGAGCCACUGAUUUAAGUUUCCUCGAAAAAUGCCACUACAACCAUGCAUUGAAUGAACUUUACUCUAGACCAAGAAUAGGUGCUCAAGAGUUCGGAAUCACCCACUAUGCUGGACAAGUUUGGUAUUGCGUAGAGGGUUUUCUUGAGAAGAACCGAGAUGCAGUUCGACCUGACGUUUUGGAACUGCUUGGAUCUAGUAAGCUUCAGCUGGUGGCCGACAUGACGAAACAACUUCGUGCCCAACGUGACGCAGGAAAAACAUUACCAAAGGGUUCAAACGGACGUUUCGUCACCAUGAAACCCAGGACCCCGACAGUUGCCGCAAGGUUCUCAGAUUCACUUCAACAGCUCCUCCAGUCUAUGGGGAGAUGCAAUCCUUGGUUUGUAAGAUGCAUCAAACCCAACAAUGAUAAGCACGCGCUGAAAAUGGACAUGCCAUGUGUUCUUCAACAACUUCGCUACUUGGGCAUGCUUGACACUAUUCAGAUUCGACAGAAAGGUUAUCCGGUUCGAUUGCGCUUCCAGCACUUUGUGGAACGGUACCGGCACCUGAUGAAAUCACCAUUGCCACGUGGAACUCCAUAUCGUGAACUUUGUCGGAACCUUCUAGAGUCGUUACCCAGGACAGGUGUUGAGGGACCAGAUUUUCAACUCGGAGCUACCCGUGUAUUCCUUCGGGAAGCACUUCAUCGUGCACUAGAGGGUGGACGCUCGGAAAGACUGCGUAAUGCAGCAAUCAUCAUUCAGAGAAACGUAAAACGUGUCUUGGCCCAAAAGAAACUACAUCGACAAAAGCGAGCAGCUACCAAAAUUCAAUCAACCUGGAAAGGCUAUCGCGACCGCAAAAAGUACAGAGCUCUUAAGAAAGCAACAGUCAAGGCGCAGGCUUAUUGGCGAGGCAAAAUGCAGCGAAAACGCUACCAAAAAUUCAAGGCAGAGAUGAAACGCCGUCAAGACGCGAUUAAAGCGCAGAAGGAGCGUCAAGCCCAAAAACUUGCAAAAGAAACUGCAGAGCGGAAUCAAAUUGCAUAUUUGGAUAUCCCAGCUGAGCUGGCUUUCAUUUUCUCAAAAAUCGAAGAUUGGACACCAUUACAUGGUGAUCGGCAUCUGGUAAAGGUUGUUGGGACCGUUCCUGGACCACCAACAGCAGCUGAUUUGCCACGGGAUCUGGACCAGUUUGCAUUUGGAAAGUUCAGUUCUGUAUACUGCAACGGAGUGAAGCUUUCACCUAGACGAGAGCCUAUAACAGUCCCAUUUUUGUCCAGAGCAGCAGCUAGAGACCAAGAUUUUCAAGAUUCCUUGGCAGUAUUCAAACUUAUUUUAAGAUGGACCAGCGAUUCUAGUUUGGAUAACAAUAAAGAGAAAGCACUCGCUGAUUAUAUCAUCCACAAGGGCUUGUCAUCACGUGGGCUAAGAGACGAGAUUCUAGUCCAGCUUUGCAACCAAGCGUACAGAGCCGAUGAAGCUCAAGCCCAGAGAAUAUGGCAGCUCAUGGCACAAUGCCUUUCUUCGUUCCAGCCUGGUUCGGCUUUUGCGAAAUAUCUGAUGAAGUUCAUCGUUGAUAACGCACCAGCAUCAAUGAGAGAACACCUCCUGAAGAAGCUCCUACGUACUUCAAAUAAUUACAACGUCCAAGCCAGUAGAAACUUUCCGCCCUCCUGGAUAGAAUGGCGAGCGACUUCGCGUCUAUCUGACAUAGCCGUGGCACUGACCUUACCUGAUGAGGCUGUUCAAACGGUGGCUAUCGAUUCCUGGACAACUUGUGAGGAGGCUGCUUCGUUGGCAGUUUCAAGUUUGGGCAUAUCUAAUCAAGGCUGGACCGUAGUGUUGGAUGAUGCUGGACAAGUAUUGGAUUCAUGUGGCCUUGACUAUGUUUUGGAUUUAGUUUCAGAAAAGGAGUUGUGCCCGGCGUUCCCUGCAGUGCGGAAUGAUUUACUACGAUCUGGCCGCAAGAGUUCUAAAGUAGCUAUGCCUGAAAUUGAUAUUAUGAAUACGAAACGACCGCAGGUACCACCACCUGAACCGCCUCAGGCUAAAAAUUCAUCAAAGUUGGAAGCACCAAUACCAGAACCUAAUGUCGGACCACGUCAUUAUGAAGGUGCAGUAUCUCGAAAAACUUCCCACGAUUUCUUAUCUAGAAGCUCGGCCUUGAAUGAACGUUAUUUCGAGAGUGAGAAAUCACGGUCUAGAUCACUUGAUGAUCUUUUGGGUGGUGAGAGUGUUGACAUACCAACAACUCCAGAGCCAGAACCGCUGAACAAUUUAGGACUUUCGCAGAGUCGAUUGAAUGAUCGCUAUCAUUCAGCUGAACGCUUGACACCGAUUGCAAAAGAACCGCCUCAGAGAUAUCAAAAGUCGCAGUACGCAGGACGCCGAUCUGGAGGAUCACAUUCUAGCAAGUAUAUUGACAAAUCGGAGUACGCUACUAGGUCCUCUGCAAUGUCAGACACGAGCGAGGCUCCAUCAUUAGCCAGCCACGUAAGGCGAGUUCGAGUACCAUCGCAAGCAUCUGACGUAGAUCAGUUCCUUGACGAUCUAUUUAGUCCUGUCCUGGAUGGCUCAUUGGAUGAGCUUUCAGACGCGAGAUCCUUGGCAGCUAGCAUACGAGGUGGUACAUCUGACGAUUUUGUUGAGAUCCCUAUUAUGGAUGACUCUCUAUCAAGUUUAAUGUGUGCCGAAACCUUAUCAGAACGAAUUAAAGGAGGUGGAGAAGGUAAAGAAGAAGAAUCCCCUAAAGAUUCUGUUGAUGAGUAUAUAACUGGUUUAUUUCAACCAAUUUUUGUUAACGACUCAUUGCGUCAUUUAACUGAAAAUUCGGAGCUUGUUGAGAUAAUCAAAGGAGGAGGUACCACACAUCAAUCAGGAACAUCAACAUCAGGUUUUGUUACAACUCCUUUGGGACCGCUAAGUCCGAUUGCAACCAACUCAAUGAUGAUGAUGGGUUCGAUGCCACCGGACUCCUUGAUGCAAGUGAUUAAUAUCCCUCCUGGAGUUGAUCCCACAGCCUAUCAGCAACAGAUUCAGCGUGCAUUUUUACAGUCAGCUAUGGCUCAAAACCUACAAAUCCAGCAACAACUAUUAGCACAAAAUCAGGCUCUUCAAACACUGCUCAGCCAACAGGAUACUGGUACUGGAUCCACAACGAUACAAUCUAUAACGACUCAAGUCAAUCAAACCCAAUCUUUCCAAGGUUCAACUUCGGUGACUACCAGGAAGCAAAGUUUUAAGAACCGUCUUUCACAAUUUUCUGAACCAGAACGAAAUCGCAAAGCUUCCUCGGACAGUGGUGGAUCAUUGAUUCCACCACCACCUCCACCGCCCAUGCCUCCACCAAUUGAAUUCAAAGAUCCAUCAGAAGCACGUCCAUUUUUGGAUCCGUACGGUAGAGCAAAAACAGUGAGAAUCGGAAAGUGGAGAUGGCCACCGCCACAAGACGCCCAACAAAAUGAAACGGAGGAAGACUUCCUUCACUUCAAAAUGCGACAAAAUCAAAGGAAAAAUACUCCACAAUCACAGAAUCAUAGCAGCAAUGGGUCACCAAAUGGCUCGACAGUUGAGUGGGAGGAGUUUGAAAUUGAGAAUAGUAAACUAGUUGCCAUUCAACUUCACAAUACCCAGCAACAACAGGCAAUUCAAAUAAAGGAGCAUUAUCAGAAAAAGUCGGUUGGUCAACAUGAAAACAGUGGGCAAUCUGGUUUUCAUGGUGCUUCAAAGGUGUCCAAACGGAGUUUUGAAAUCGGUGCUGAACGACCACCCCCAGGUAGUGUGGGCAAAUUGAAACUUAGCUCGGAAAUGCGUCAACGUCUAGAACAAGUCACAGCUGGGCAUUCUGUCAGAUCAUCAACUAGUGCCCGCUCAGAACAAAGAGCACCUGCAAAACUGGAGGAUGCUCGAAAAAUGAUGCUUCAGCAACAGCUGAGUGGACAUUUGAACGGCCAUGACCGGGCAGGAAGUCCAGAAUUACCUUCAGUGAGAUCACAAGUCCAGCGAAUGGAAGGAUCUAAACGACCUCCACCACCGCCAUGGCCAGUCAUGGUCCCACCGGCACCUGCUGGUCCGGCUCCACCUCCUCCAAUAAAGCCCCCAACUACUGCUCCUCCAGCUCCACCACCAGUACCGGCGAACCCACCAUCUCGGCACAGUGCUGAUCGGGAGAUGAACAAAAAUCAACAAGGAAAUCAGGACAUCCCCGCUUUUUUGCAACGUCAAGAACGAGACACAUUUGGUGCCCGUCACAACUGGAAUGGUUCAGAUAUUUCAAAGGACACAUAUGAUUCGUGGGGUCGGGCUGAAGCAGCCAAGCUGGAUAUGGUUUAUGAGAAAAGUUUCAAGAAGGAAAUCCCCAAUGAGAGAGAUCGCUCCCGAUCGCGCUCACGUUCCAGAGAUCGUGAGAAUUUCUCAGAAUCUGUUUGGGAUAGAGCUGAAGUCGAAGGUCCUCCUUCUAGUGGUAGCGACCGCGAACGUGAAAAGGAACGCGAAAAGCGUGAUCGCUUCUAUGAAAUUCAACAAGUCGAACGAGAACGGGAGAGCAAUAAAGUGUAUCAGCCACCCCCGCCAAGAGUAACGUCCGCUGCCGAGAAGGAGAAUUUAGUGAAAAAGUCAACUACAAUACAAAGCCAAAUAACGGACCGAGCUACAUUCAAAACACAUAUGGCGAAGUAUGCCAAAGAGAGGGAGAGGAAGAAUUCAACAUCCACGAUGGUGUCACAAAACACUGAAAAACACGACGAAACCGACACUGUAGAUGAUUGGCCCAAUCCAGCAAUUCCUGCACCCGUUCCAGCACCACCCUCGCUGAAGUCCUCAGCAAAUGCUUGUCUCACCUACAACCGAGUCCAAUGGAAACUACGAGUUCGAAAGGAAGUAUUCCGUCCCGGUGAGCCCGUGGGUCCUCCUACAGUCCUGGAUCUUUUAUUUUCACAAAUCGCUCUCGAUGUCUUCGGUUCAACCCCAUGUCUGAGAAUCUCAUCUCAGGAGAAAAGAAGUGCACUGACAUUACUGAGUGGUCACGGUGUUACCUUUGACAAUAUGCGAAGUCAAGUUCGUGCUAUUGUUAAACGACAUUUGGUAGACAUGGCGCGAGGAUGGCCACUGUACUUUGCGCGACUGUUUUUGGUGAACGGUGCCCCACAGUUUCCGGAUGUAUCUAUUUUGGCAAUAUCACAUAGUGGUGUCUAUCUGGCCCGGCGAGAUGCAAAUGGAUUGGUUGUAGUUCGAUCAAUGCCUUAUGCAGAACUUCAAGGAGCUGUCACACUACCACGUCCUGCUGCGUUGCAACUGAACAUGCGAAAUGGAAAUCGAUUGACUUUGCAUGCUAGUAGGGCACCUGCAAUACAGACCAUGGUUCAACAGUUUUGUCAGGAGUUCAGACAGAUUCAAUCCAAGACGUCGACAAUUUCAUCUGGAGCACGAGCUGCAGCUCAAACACUCAAUGUACCAAUUGAGCGGUUGGAGACAUCACGUGACGGUGCUGUAGUAGGUGUUGGUGCUCAGCUCCCAUCAUCCCCGGUGAUUGCAGAGAAGCACAUCACCCAAAGGACGGAACAUAUAGUUAGCAAUCAUCACCAUCAUCAUCAACAGCAUUCCCAUCAUCAUAGUCACAAUGGAUCGAAUCAAAAUAGUCAUACCAACAGUCCAGAUCAGGUGGAUGCGCAUCUGGAGAGAAAACAGAUGAGCCAUUCGCAGCAUCGCAAGAGUUCGCACAUGCUUCAGCCAGAGCCCAACCAGAUGAUGGAUAAUGAUGAUGAAUCGCUGCCGAGCACUCCACCUUCUGUUACGAAAUAUUCCUUAUUGCAGUUUGCUAUGCAUCAUUUCAGAAAUGAUCAAUCACCGGAUGAAUUCCGUGCCAGCUCAAGCGCUGUUGCUGGAGGACGUGGAGAGAAACGAUCAUCGUCCUCAAGGCCACACGCAGAUCACGUGAAAUGGCAAGGAACCCCUAUUCGAGCACCGCUUCUACGACUUCCACCUGACUUGGCACCAUUAGCUUUAGAAUGCUUCGACUGUAUCCUUAGAUACUGUGGAGACAUUCCGCCAGAUCCAGAACUCACUGAAGUGAAAUGUGUCUACACGGUUCUAAUGCAUUGUCACAAAUAUUUGACCCUUCGCGAUGAAGUCUACUGUCAACUGAUGAAACAAACAACUGCUAAUCGUUCACCAUGUCCAGAUUCUGCUCAGCGUGCCUGGCGUCUUCUUAGUAUUCUGGCAGCUUAUUUCGGAUGUUCCGAUGCUCUUCGACCAUACCUAAUGGAACAUUUGACAGCAGCAGCUUCCGAUCGUCGUCGAUCGUGUCACGGUACGGCUGCAGUAUGUUUAACGAAUCUCCGAAAAACAGCCCGUUGUGGAGGUCGCAAGAAUGUUCCAAGCGUGGAAGAAGUUACAGCCGUAUCGGCGGGACGAUCUGCCAGACGGCAAAUCUAUAGGUUACCAGGAGGUGCUGAGCGAGUUGUUAAUACCAGAUGUUCAACCGUUGUUGCUGAUGUCAUAGCGGAAUUGUGCUCGUUACUAGGAAUCGAGUCAGAAGCUGAGCAGCAAGAGUUCUCUUUGUACUGCAUUGUGCAAGGGGAUGCAUUCACUAUGCCACUAGCUGCAGACGAAUACAUUUUGGAUGUCACCACGGAACUGCUGAAGUCAGGACAACCAUUUUACCUGAUUUUCUGCAGAUCGGUAUGGCACUUCCCCUUGAAACGCGAUCCAGCCCCAACACCAUUAUACAUUGAGGUCCUUUUCAAUCAAGUGGCACCUGAUUAUCUAGAAGGUCUACUACUGGAACUUCCAAGUAACGGAGCACCUAAUCCUGACGUAGUUCAUGACAUGGCAAGAAUAGCGGCUUUACUGCACAGAGCAGCAGAUCUGAAUCACGUACCAACAAUGAAAGAAAUCAAAUUCUUACUACCCAAACCAGCUUUAGGAAUUCGAGAAUUGCGACCAGCUCAAUGGGUUGGCCUUGUCCAAGCCGCCUGGCCGACAGUGGCAGGGCAAGCACCCGGACAGGUAAAGGCACAAUUUUUGGGAGUUCUAUCAGCGUGGCCACUGUUUGGAAGCAGCUUCUUCGCGGUGAAGCGCAUCUGGACCGAGGAUGGACCGCAUGUUGAGGAGUCGAAUCCCAUGUGGCGAGACCUCAUACUUGCAUUGAACAGACGCGGGGUCCUGUUCUUGGAUCCAAAUACACAUGAAACUCUUCAGCAUUGGCCAUUUAUGGAAGUCAUCUCAACGAGAAAGGUUCGUUCCGAAGAUGGUGCACUUUUCCUGGACAUGAAAGUUGGAAAUUUGAUGCAACAACGAGUAAUCCGCGUGCAGACGGAACAGGCUCAUGAGAUUUCCAGGCUCGUCAGACAGUACAUCACAAUGGCACAGGUGAGCCAAAGGGAACGCAAGGAAUAGUCAGUCAUAGGAACGUAUUGUUGAGGAUGAUAAUGUAAGGAUAUAAUUUAGAUACGAUAAUGAAAUUAAACAAGACAUCGAAUUGUUGAAAUUAAGUUUUUUUUUGUUCAGAAACGUAUUAUUGUUACAGUCUGUAUAUUUUUCUGAAUAUAUAUUAUAUUUUACACUUGUUUUGUAUUCAUAUUACGAGAAAAAAACUGUUAUUUUAAUGAUAUGUAUGUACUUAAAAUAUUUACAAAUAAAGUAUAUUUUACCAUAA